AUGCAGUCUCAUCCACGCCCAGGGUGGCGAAUCUGUCGCUGCUUCCCGCUGUUGCUAUCCUUUCUCCCACUCUUCGUCACCUAUUGCGCAGCUAUUUCCGCUGCCAUCCCUGUCUCGAAUCUGCAAGUGUCAGAAGCUAUCACGGCGACACUUGGUGAUCCCUACCUUUUUGGAAACGAGAGCGGUCAUCGGCAACUGUUGGUCAAGAGGCACGAGCAGAUAGCUUCAGCUCCUGUCGCCGCUGGCUUCGUUCAUCCGACUCACCUCUACCGUCGUGAUGCCGAUGCUCUGCCACCACCGAACAAGGCUUACAACCUCACUGUUACCCAGGGAACCAUCAAUCCGGACGGAUUCGAGCGAGAUGGCUUCCUCAUGAACGACAAAUACCCCGCCGAUCCUUUCAUCUGGGACGAGAACGAUGACAUCGAAAUCACAGUCAACAAUCAGGGCCCAGUUCCAUUCGCCAUCCACUGGCACGGCAUCCAUCAGAUCGGCACUCCUGAGAUGGACGGUGUUCCUGGCCUGUCGCAGUGGAACAUCUACCCUGGACAGUCCUAUACCUAUCGCUUCAAGCUAGUGAACCAGUAUGGCGGCUACUGGUAUCACAGCCACGAAAGAGGCUACUAUGCCGAUGGGCUGCGCGGCACGAUCUACAUUCGACCCAAGCCGGACAGGAGGAAGCCGUGGAGCUUGAUCAGCCCGCUCAAGGACAACCUAGACCAGAUGGAGGCGGCAGAGCGCGACUAUCAAAUCAUGUCGCUAUCUGAUCACUGGCACAUUAACCACACGCAGAUGUUGUUGACCGUACAUGAAACCGGCGUGCCACCUGCCUGCUUUGAUUCUUUGCUCAUCAACGGGCGUGGACGACAGUAUUGCGUCAAUGACUGGAGCUCGGUCAUGUCACCCGUCCAAGCUAGCCUGCUUCACAACUUUAGCUCGAUCAACCCAGAAGGACCAACGUCCAAAGGGUGCAUCUCUCUGGUCUCGGCCAAAAGCGGCUACACGGUGAAAGACACACUCGACACCAGGUACGGCGGAGUUUGUCAGAACACGACGGCUCCCCUGACGGUGCUGGACGCCACCAAAGCCAUCAAAGAAGGCAGACGCUGGAUCAAUUUGCAGAUCAUUGACACUGCCACUAACUGGUAUUAUGGGCUCAGUAUUGAUGGACAUAGGAUGUGGAUCGUCGCUGUAGACGGACACUAUAUAGAGCCGAUGCUUGUCGAUUUUGCUCAGAUCACCAUUGGCAGCAGGUUGAGCGUGAUGAUCGAGGUCAACCCGGAUCUUGUGGGCAACAUCUAUCCCAUUCGAUUGACGGGUGCUCGUGCACUGCAGCCUAUCGAGGGCAUUGGUUUUCUCUCAUACAUUGACGACAUUGGCGACACGUGGUCACCCAGCCAGGAGGAGGCGUUCGCUUACCUUGACCGCACCCUGACACCUGCCUAUUUACCCAUGAAUGGCUUCAGCACAGACAAGACGGUCAUCAGAUGGCAGCAGAAUCUCAGCUAUCCCUUUGAUGCUGAGAGUCCGGUUCCUCAGACCUCGAACAUGACACUGCACGCCGUCGCCUCCCAGAACAGUCUCAAUGUUUGGCAGGUCGCGUCUGUUCCAUUGGACACCGCUCAUUUGGCCGACGUUCGUCCGAUGCUGUUCAACGCGACGGAUGGCAAUGUCACCUCGAACCAAAACAUCCCCUACGCUACCAUCCCCUUUGGCACUGUCGUCGACAUUAUCCUGGAGAACAACAUUUACUCGAUCGUCGGCGGACCCAACAGUCCACAUCCUUUUCACAUGCACUCUCGCCGCUUCUGGAUCAUUGGCACGGGCACUGGUAUCUUCCCGGCAGACACUGUGGGCGAAGCGCAGGCCAAAGGCGUCCCAUUCAAUCUAGAGAAUCCUCCUCUUCGUGACGGAUUCGACAUUGAUGCCAACUCUUGGGUAGCUAUUCGCUACGUCGUCGACCAUGCAGCUGCCAACAUCCUACACUGUCACAUUGAUGACCAUGCCAUCGAAGGAAUGGCAGCCGUCCUGCUUGAGGGGCUCGAGACUAUCCCGGCUGGGGGCAACUUCAGCGAGGCAAUCAAGGCACGUCCUGACAACUAUGUCGAGACACAGAACGACGAGCUCGGCAAAGUGUUGGAGGAGGCUAUCGCUACUGGACUGGCCAACAGCAGAUACAUCGAGCCAGCAGCGACCGAGACCUCGAUGCCAUGGGGCGAUCCUCGAGCACUCGCCGCCAGUAUUCAGAUUGUGGCCAGUUCCAACAGCGUGCAGCAUUCCAUCACGAGCUCGUUGCAAUCACAGAUGAGCUUAGUUCAGGCUACUGCGACCGAGACGAUUACGGCCGUUACAGCGACCGUGUCGGAUCAGGCGACGGUCUUUACUGGCGUGCCCGCCAGCGCGACAGAGGCUGCCGCUGCCACUGUGACCGUUGCUACUGUCACUGACACUGUCGCCGCUACCGACUCUGGCUCUCUUCAGUCUACGCUCAAUGCUGCAGCGUACACGACACGAACAGCCUAUGCUACCGACGGAGACACGACCUACGCCACGUACGAUGCAGACGAUAGCCUGUAUCGCACUUCCUUCGAUGCAGAGACGGUGACGCCAAGCGACUACGGAAGUGUUGUGGCCUACUCGACGCUCUACCGCACUCUGUCUGACUCGAGCUACAAGAUAGCGACCGCUACCUCGGCCUACGCUGCCGAAGAAACGCCGUACGAUGAUGACACCGACGAGCACGAGGCGGAUGGUGCGUGCGCUUCCUCAACUUGCGAGGCAUAUUCGACUGCCGAAGUGGCUGGCUAUGCUACUCAGUCUGCGCUCCCUGCUUCCACGAGGAGUGCAGUCACGUACUCUACGCUCAACAGUGCAGCUCUUGUGCCAGCGUCUUCAACUGCAGAUGCAACCAACAUCUUGGCCACCACGAGGCCGAUUCAGUCCACGCUCUUCCUCACACACACCGUGUUUCAGACGCAGCUCCUCACUUCAACUCCUGCUGCAUCUCUCAACAGGGCAGCUUCGACUCAGAUCGCCUCCAGCGCCGAUGCACAGCACACGAUCGCGAUUAGUACCCCUGCCGCCGCGACUCAAGUCAGCACACUGGCUGCUGUGACGCAGUUCACCACGUCCCCCGCCGCAUCCCUAACCACGACCUUUGCCACACUCGAUCCUGUGACCUCGCUGAGCCAGGUGAACACUGCCGCUCUCACCCUGGCUGCCUCCAAUCCCGUCAACACUGCAGCCUCUCGCAGCCAGGCAACUACCGCGGCUCCAACUCUGACUGCAGCCUCUGCGAGCGGCACUGCGGCUACACUCUGCACAGCGGACGCCGAGAGCCAGUCGAGCAUUGCUGUUGAAACGCCGGCUGCAUCGUCGACCCCUCUAGACCCUGCUUCCGCGCUCAGCUCGGUGUUCACGCUCGCCGAGACCAAUCUCCCAAGCUCGACGGGGAACGCGGCAGCUUACGGUACCGUCUCUGCCAGUGUCACGUUCUCCACUGGGCAGAACAUUCAAACGCCCAUAUACACGAGCUCGACAGACCCGAGCAUGAGCACCGAUGAGCCCGCCUACGUGAACCCUAUCUUCCCGACUGCGACUGUCAGUGCCACCGAGGAGGUCGAGUCGAAGCUCAAUGAAGCUGUUUACGGGACUAUCACUUCGCCUGCCACUGCACGUGCAGCCGCAACCCGAACCACAGACUCGUUUGCAGACGAUGACGAAAAAGAAGAAGAUGAAGAUGACGGCAACGACGACGAAUCUCACGAGACCUACUUGUCCGAGUAG